GUUGACGAUGAUGGUAUGUCUUGCGGUUAGCUACAACUGAGUGCGUAUAUCAGUGAAGACGGAUGGCUCGUUUGGACCGAGGAAUCUAAUUAUCUGUUUACAUCAAUCUUGCCUUGCUUAGUUUUUGCGGACCCCCCAAAACACAUGCGGAUUUUUGCGCAGACCAGUGCAUAAUCUGAGUCAAUGUUCUCGAGGUCAUCCACCAGUUGACUCCAUCCAAAGAUCAACUUUCUUCACUUCUUCUUGAUCACCGAGAUAGCCUGAGUCAUCUUGUGCUUGAUGAUUACAACAAGCUCUUAGAUCACUAUGAAUCCUCGUGUGUAUCAUUAGAAGAGUUCCGGAACCUCAGCCGCUUUCUGCUUGAGUAUGCAUGGGAAAACUUGCAUACCGGACAUUGGAAAGAAGUGGCCUUAUGUUGGCGUGUGUUGUACGCAAGCAUUCGACUAAUUCGCGCGUUGUACGGACUACGCCAGGCUGGCACCGUUUCUUCUUUUUCUCAUUUGACUGAACUUCUGACUUCUAUUAUUGAGGAACUAGACUACAGCUUGCUUAUGGGCUAUCCAAUCCUCGACGGUGUGGCCACCAAACUCGCUAACUUGACCCACGAACGCUUGAUUGAAGCGGAGUUCGAUGAACCUUUGUCGAAAAAACUUCGGAUCUCUGAUUGUGCAUUGGUUGUUCCUCCCAUUGAGAAGUUACCUUCCCCAGGCUCCAUACGCCUGUUACCACUGGAACGAAUUUCUCUCCCAAGUCUCGAGCGGUUUCAAGAACUUUUACUCGCAGGUCGCCCAUUCAUCCUCACUGGUGGGAUGACCCACUGGCCAGCUUGUCGAUCCGGUGGCGAGCACGCUUGGACUCUUGAGUACUGGCAACGUAAGGUGGGUUACCGCUUGGUUCCAAUCGAAAUUGGAUCAAGAUAUACUGAUGAAUCAUGGGGCCAAGAGUUGAUGACUAUAAACCGAUUUAUCGAGCGUUUCAUACUCUCUUCAUCCUUGAACUCAGAGAGCAACCGACCCAUUGGAUACCUUGCCCAGCAUCAGCUUUUUCUGCAAAUUCCCGAACUGGCGGAUGACGUUCACACGCCGGAUUAUUGCAUGAUUAACGGAAAACCGCUUUGUGAAGAAUCCUGCGUGGACAGCAAUGUGUGGUUCGGUCCAGCCAACACUGUUUCUCCGUUGCAUCACGACAGUGAACGAGCUAAUCUGCUUGCGCAAGUUUCCGGACAAAAAUACGUGAUUUUGUUUACCGCUUCCGAAACUCCUUACCUCUACGCGCACUCCGAAACGAUGUUGUGCAACACUUCUCAGGUUGAUGUUGAACAUCCAGACCUAGAAGCCUUUCCCCUACUGACCAACGCUCAAGGGUUUCAUGGUAUUCUGAGUCCGGGUGAAAUGCUCUUCAUUCCUCCUCGUUGUUGGCACUACGUCCGCUCACUUUCUCUUAGUUUUUCCGUGAAUUUCUGGUGGGACGUGGCAGAUGCAUUUAUUCCUUCUUGGUCGUUAGCUCAAUCUGCUUUCCACGGUGUCUGAGGUUAUUGUCCCGUUCCAAUUUAUGACCUAUCUUUGAUCUUUUUCAGACUACGACCGUUAUUCGUGCAUGGUUGCUUAUGGUAUCUCUGUUCGAGUUUCAUGUGCGCUUCAGCUUAGCUGAAUGUGUGGAUAUACGUGCGAAAUCUUUUUCUCCAUACGAGCUCAUCCGUGGACUGUACUUCCGUGGGUUUUGUUUCUUUUGCCCGCUUUUGCUUCCAUCAGGCGAAUAUCACCACAUACCUAAUUCGUGUAUAAAAGUUAUCCCGAUGACCAGCUGAGUUUCGAGUUGCUCUUUUCCUUCUUUCUGCACCUCUGUCCCUGGUAACGUCAUUGAUGCCGGCUGUAAACGGCGCCACCUACUGUGGGAAACGUAUCCACUCAUUCCUUUGUUUGGAAGGAUUUUCAACAACCUUUACCAUUCCUACUCAGCUAUCUGUUUGUCUCUAAUCAAGAUCUGUCGCUUCAAAGCUGGCGUUUAACGUUCGCUUGAUUUCGUAAUGCACUUUUCAAGCGGUUUCACAUCCAUUCAUGCUCGAUGGGUCAACGGUUAGGGGUCAGAACAUAUACGAUAGCAAAAGUUUAUGGAGAUCGAUAAAGAGCUAUCACCAGCCAUGAACUUUCCGUACGUAAUACUUAGAAGUCACAACUAUGGAAAUGGAUAGAAAAUGCG